AUGGCCCUGGAGCAGCUCUGCUCGGUCCUCAAAGUGUUGUUAGUAACAAUACUUGUAGUGGAAGGAAUUGCUGUGGCCCAAAAGACCCAAGAUGGACAAAAUAUUGGAAUGAAGCACGUUCCUGCAACCCAGUGUGGCAUUUGGGUUCGAACCAGCAAUGGAGGUCAUUUUGCUUCACCAAAUUAUCCUGACUCAUAUCCACCAAACAAGGAAUGUAUCUACAUUUUGGAAGCUGCUCCACGUCAAAGAAUAGAAUUGACCUUUGAUGAACAUUAUUAUAUAGAACCAUCAUUUGAAUGUCGGUUUGAUCACUUGGAAAUUCGAGAUGGGCCAUUUGGUUUCUCUCCACUUAUAGAUCGUUACUGUGGUGUGAAAAGCCCUCCAUUAAUUAGAUCAACAGGGAGAUUCAUGUGGAUUAAGUUCAGUUCUGAUGAAGAACUUGAAGGACUGGGAUUUCGAGCAAAAUAUUCAUUUAUCCCAGAUCCAGACUUUACUUACCUAGGAGGUAUUUUAAAUCCCAUCCCAGAUUGCCAGUUUGAGCUGUCAGGAGCUGAUGGAAUAGUGCGUUCUAGUCAGGUAGAACAAGAGGAAAAGACAAAACCUGGCCAAGCAGUUGACUGCAUAUGGACGAUUAAAGCCACUCCAAAAGCUAAGAUUUAUUUGAGGUUCCUAGAUUAUCAAAUGGAGCACUCAAAUGAAUGCAAGAGAAACUUCGUUGCAGUCUACGAUGGAAGCAGUUCUAUUGAAAAUCUGAAGGCCAAAUUUUGCAGCACUGUGGCCAAUGAUGUAAUGCUUAAGACAGGAGUUGGGGUGAUACGCAUGUGGGCAGAUGAAGGUAGUCGGCUAAGCAGGUUCAGAAUGCUCUUUACUUCCUUUGUGGAGCCUCCCUGUACAGGUAGCACUUUCUUUUGCCAUAGCAACAUGUGCAUCAAUAAUUCUUUAGUCUGUAAUGGGAUUCAAAACUGUGCAUACCCUUGGGAUGAAAAUCAUUGUAAAGAAAAGAAAAAAGCAGGACUGUUUGAACAAAUCACUAAAACUCACGGAACAAUUAUUGGCAUUACGUCAGGGAUUGUCUUGGUCCUUCUCAUUAUUUCUAUUUUAGUGCAAGUGAAACAGCCUCGAAAAAAGGUCAUGGCUUGCAAAACUGCUUUUAAUAAAACUGGGUUUCAAGAAGUAUUUGAUCCUCCUCAUUAUGAGCUGUUUUCCCUGAGAGACAAAGAGAUGUCCACUGACCUGGCCGACCUGUCAGAGGAACUGGACAGCUACCAGAAGACGCGGCGCUCCUCGACUGCGUCGCGCUGCAUCCACGACCACCACUGUGGGUCACAGGCACCCAGCGUCAAACAAAGCAGGACCAACCUCAGUUCUGUGGAACUUCCUUUCCGAAAUGAUUUUGCACAACCACAGCCAAUGAAAACAUUUAAUAGCACCUUCAAAAAGAGUAGCUACACUUUCAAGCAGGCACAUGAGUGCCCUGAACAGGCCCUAGAAGACCGAGUAAUGGAGGAGAUUCCCUGUGAAAUUUAUGUCAGGGGGCGAGAAGAUUCUGCACAAGCAUCCAUAUCCAUUGAUUUUUAA